AAGGUGUGAUGCUGGAGUAAGAUCUGGGCUCGCAACCCCACAUCGGCAUCACCGCCCCGCCGGUUCGUCCAUUUACUACCUUACCCAACGCACUAACCUUCCUACGAAUGUAGUAGGUACCUGAAGUAGUGCGCCGAAUCUCAUCCAACAACAGCUCACCGUCCAGAAUCUGACAACGCAGACUGUCGCAUUGUCGCCGAACUCUUCCUCUAUCAAAAUAGCCGCUCAAGUCUCGGCUAUCACCAGAUCACAAUGACAUCCCAGAAGGAAGCCGAAGCCGAGGUUCGCUCAUGGGGUUUCUCGCACGUCUUCACCUGGACUGAUGGGGCCAAUGCUUACUACCCUCCCCAUUCCCACGCUGGCCUAACAACCCAUGUUAUCCUUAAAGGGCAGCUCACCAUUGCCUACCCCCAGGACGGUGACGCCCAGCACAGGGAAAUGAAGACGACAUAUGGCGUGGGAGACCGCAUUGAUGUGGACGCAGGCCGUGUUCAUGAGGUGUGGAUUGGCAGAGAGGGCUGUACUUAUGUUAUCGGGGAAUGAUAAUUUGUCCAUGAUGAUGGCAGAGUUGAUGUCCGCGCAUUGCUUGCCGGCUCUGUCCAAGUGGCAAUAUGAGGCGCGAAGUGACCCAAUUUUGAAGUGAGGC